AUGAACGAAUCAAUACAGCACAGAUUACAGCGACGCAAAUUGCUACUUGCGGCGCUGGCGUUGUCAGAUUCAUCCUCAUUCUGCCAUGGCUUUUGUCCAGCAGAUGCUGCCAUGAUGAUUUCCUCGUCAGCUGUUUCCAGCUCACAAUUUGAUCGACCACAUCAACAAUUGAAUGAACAUCAAGAGUCUCCCUUGCGACAUAAAAGCAAACGGAGAGGGAGAAUAGUCUUGGGAAGAGAAAAUUUGUCCAAUCCCAGCAAAAUACCUUGUCAACAUAUUCGAGGAGGAGCUUUGCGUCCUUUGAGAGCAUCAUCGUCGUCGUCUCCUGCCGACGACAGCCUACUUGACGACAACCAUAACAUUUCCAAUGCCGAAAAAUGGCGUCAACGAGGAAUGACUGCUGCGCUAGCGUCCACCUACUUUGCUGUAAUGGGCGCCAAGUGUGCCCUUCCGGCGGUCUUGCCAUUGUUGACCUCGCCCAACAAGGGUCUAUCCUUUCCUAUGUCAUCCUCUUCGCCUCAAUCUUCCAUGGCGAAGCUAUUGGGCCUAUCGACUAUUGCAGUGGCCAUGGGGAAAGUGCUACUAGGACCCGUCAUUGAUGCGCUAGGAGGGAUUCGAGCCUUGCAAAUUGCAAUGGCUGCCUUGGUUGGAUUGUUGACCACAAUAUCCUUGGGGACCCAAAGCUUCAACAUGUUUGCCAUUUGCUGGAUUUUCGUCGACUUUAUUUUCAGUUCCUGUUGGGCAGGCUGCAUCAACGCGAUUCAUCAAUCCUUUCCCAACGAACAAUGGGGGAAACAAAUUGGUAUGCUGGCAGUGGGUGCCAGAACAGGUAAUGCCUUUGCCUUUGCCAUCUUUGCGAGUGUCUUAUACGCGCUGGAAACGAAAAUGAAACAACCCUGGCGUGUGGUCUUUGGAGCCUCGGCCUUGGUGCAGAUUAUUCCCUUGUCGUUGCUGACCUACUUUGGUCGAAUCACACUGAGGAAAGGAAAUGAAGAAGCACACGAAGCAGAGGACGCGAAAUCAACAGCAGCAUCAACAUCAGAUUCUGGUGAUACGAAGAGCAACAACCACAGCAAGAGCUAUAGAAAGUCAUCACUGGCAAUCCUGGCCAAGGAAACCAAGACACUCGAGUUUUGGCUCCACUUGGUAUCCCGAUCCUGUCUCAUGGUCUUUGCUUCCUUUUUGCUCUUUGUUCCCAUGCUCAUGAAUCAAGUUUACCAAGCUUCCAGUGGAUUUGCCUCCCAAACGGGUUCCAUUUAUGCCUUGGGAUGUCUUUUGGCGGUGUCAGGAGGAUCCCAAAAAUAUUCCAAGUUGCCCAAAAAUAAACAAGCACUGGCCAAUGGUCUCCUCUUGGGAUUGGCAACCCUGAGUUCCUUGGCCCAAUUGGCCCAUGUCUCUGGUAUUUGGACAAUGACAGCCACCAUCAGUGCCUUGUCUCUAUUCUUGUGGGGGUUUGCCUUUUCCAUACCCUUUUACAUCCCCCCUUCCUUAUAUGCCUUGAGUAAGGGGGGCAAGGUAUCAUCGGCAACGAUUGCCGAUGUCUUUGACAUUGGCGGAUUUGGAUUGUUGGCCUUGUUCAAUGGUUAUGUUGCUUCGAUUGAUCAUUCCAUUCUGAGCAGUUGGAUUCCUACCUUUCAGAUCACCAGCGCUUGCUCACUUGUAUCCUUGAUCAGUCUUGUCCUUGCUGUUCUGAUUCAGAAAUAA